UGCAUAUUUCUACCGAAAUCUCACUGUGAAAUCAACUUCAUCGAGUACUUUUGGGGUGCGGUGAAACAUUGGCUCCAGGAGCAUUGCGACUAUACAUUCGAGACUCUCCGCGAGAACAUGCCAAAGGCUUUGCGAUCAGUCUCAGUUGAGCUGUUACGGAAAUGGGAGCACCAGGCUUGGAGAUGCAUUGAUGCAUAUGCUGAGGGUCUUGGAGCAUGCAAGGCCCAGUACAAAGUCAAGGAGUUCAGUUCUCGUAGAUAUAAGUCUCACCGUCGCAUCCCAGAG